UUAUUAUUUUUUUUUUUUUUUUUUUUUUUUUUUUAAGUUACAUUUGGUUAGGUAAUCCCCACUCUGACCCACACUCCAACACAGUAGGUGGCGGUAAUGCACCUUCACGUUAGUGCCUCCCGCCAAUAAAAUCACAAGAAGAAGAAGGAAGUGCUUUCCGUCACCCGGAUGUGCUUUCCACAGUUCUGUAGUGUUUUGCGCUGUAGUUAUUCGUAUUUAUUACUUGAAGAUAUUGCUUAGAGUGGCUUAAACGCCACUUAAAUUGAAAAAUGUAUUAAAUACAGGCGGCCUUUCAUAAUUCAUUUAGUGCAGAAAAACGCAACGAAAGCGUGAGUCUGGUGUUCCACUGACAACCGCUGCACAACAAGCUAACCCGGCUAGCGGUGUAGCUAACAGCAGGUACUAUGAGUCUGGCAGGAAGCCGUGAACCCAGAAAGACUGCGGGAAACCGCAUGUCGAAGCUUCUGGACGCCGAAGAAGAGGACGAGUUCUACAAGACCACCUAUGGAGGAUUUCACGAUGAAUCGGGAGAUGAUGAAUAUCACGGGGAACAUUCAGACACUGAGGAUGAGGUUGACAGUGACUUUGACAUUGAUGAAGGUGAUGAGCCGGAUAGUGACCAAGAGGAAGACGCUCCUCGGAGGAAAAGCAGAGUUGUUACUAAAGCUUACAAGGAACCCAUAAAGGUGGCUAAACCCAAACCUAAAAAACCCAGUGAAGAGCAGAGGAAGACGGAGAAAACCCGAGUGGAGCUCAGGAGGAGGAUUCCACAAGAACUGCAGGACUUUGCAGAGACGCGGAAGUCGGUGCGGCAGUCCACCAGCGAACACACCAGGAAGACCAACCUGCGCUUACAGGAGCGCCAGGACGCUCCGCGGAGACGGCGAGGAGCCCAUCGAGAUCGACCCCUGACUCAGGAGGAGCUGCUGGCAGAGGCCAGAGUCACAGCGGAGCUCAACAUCCGCUCUCUGGAAAACUAUGAGCGUUUGGAAGCAGACAAGAAGAAGCAAGUCCACAAGAAGCGUCGAUUCGAGGGUCCAACCAUCCGCUACCAUUCGCUGCUCAUGCCCAUCGUCUCCCACUCUGUCCUGAAAGAGGAAAACGUGGAUGUGGAGGGGUUGGAUCAGGACGUCCCUCAGGCCGCGCCGCAAAAUCCCUCCACGCCGUCCCAGCAGCCAACCGGAGGCCUGUGCUCCCGGACUUACGUGACGUUCAGUGACGACGAGGCGUUCGAGGUGGCCUUUCCCCGCAGCGCCCACCCCGGCCCCCAGCCGCCCGUUCAGGAGAUCUGUCCCGUUACCCACAAGGCCGCUCUGUACCGAGACCCGGUCACCGAUAUUCCGUACGCCAACGCGCGGGCCUUCCGCAUCAUCCGAGAGGCGUACCGUAAAUACGUGGCGGCGCACGGCUUUCCUAACACAUCAGGAGGGGGGACGCCAGGGGACUCUGGAGCCACGAAGGGCGCCCGACCGAAAAUGUCUGUCAGACAAACUGGAGUCACUUCCUAGUCUUUGUCCCGCUAACAUUUCUUCCUCCUUGCUUCUCUUUCAUGAAGAAUACUCAGUAAGGAGUCUUUUUUUGGGAUGACAGCUGGGUUACUGUGUUCAUGAAAAUAUUUCCACAGUAAACCCAAGAACACCAAAAGAGCAAACAGUAAAAUGAUCAACAAUCCCAAACAGACUUAUUUCCACUUUUAUUUUUGUAAUGUUUUUAUAUCUUUUUUCUUAAUGUCCAGACUUUUUGUUCAUUGCUUCCAUAAAUGUACAAACUUGUUUCCACUAACCAUAAGUAAAUAUUUCAAAGUAAAACUCA